GAAAACCCGGGGGCUCCCAGAAUAUAGCCGUUGGAAAUAUAGUCGUUGGAAUAUGUAACGUCAGGAUAUAGCCGUUGGGGGGGUGCCACGUGGUGCGUGCCCGUUGGCUGCCCGUGGGCGGGCGUCACCGAUUGGGUGAAAACUCGGUCGGUAAUGAUGGCGAUCCAACCGGAGGCCCGGUUUCCAGGCCCAAGCCCGGAUCCCAGCGCCUAUAAAUACCCCAAGGCCAGAGCCAUUCUCCGUUGUGCGAUCUCAGUGUAGCGAAGCUCUGGCAAAAAUUUUCUAGAGAGAGAAACUCGCCCUCGGUUGAAUCCUCUGUUCUCAAGGUCAGUUCCCCCCUGCCCUUCUCCUUCUAGUUAGCUGUCUUGUGCCCUUAGGCUAGGAGAUAGAGUUUUUAGAAAACACUAGCGUCUACGAGCCUUCGAACCAGAGCGAGAAUGUCGUCCCAGAGUGAUUCUCAAGAUAUCUCGGGGGCGCCCUCGAUGGAGGAUGAAGUCCUCUCGGAUGCGGAGUCCUCAAACGAACAGUCCUCGACCCAGGAGGAUGUUGCGAUGGCAGUAGAAGUGCAGAAGGAGCUGUUGGCUGAAGUUGAAGCCGAGGGCUUCGAGCAGGAGGUGGAAGACGAAGAGCUGGCUCUCGCCAUGCAGGUUGUAGAGGAGGAGGAAGCAAAGGAGAGGACGAGGGUGACUGUGGCCGUCCUUCCCCCUCGGGGUGCCGGUGAGGCCAGCACCUCUCGGCCGCUGAACGCGGUUCCCAUCCGGGUGGCCCCCGGAAAGAAGAAGGCCAAGGUAGCUGCUCCCAAGAAGAAGGGCAGCGUCGCAGAUCAAGGGAAGCCCCUCGAUAUGCCCGAGGGGUACUCCUACCUGAACACCGCCGUCUUGGAAAUAAGGUCGAAGGUUGAUGCGGCAGACAUCUACGUCACUCAGCUUCACGUGGGCCCCUCGGCCAUCGUGGUGACACCGGGUCCAGAUGACGUCCUCUCCCGGGCUCCCGAGGGCUGUAUCGCGGUGCACGUUCUCUCGGUGUCCAUGGGGCUCCGCUUCCCCCUGCACCCUUUCCUCCGGGAGUACCUCCGGUUCGUGGGUCUGGUCCCCUGCCAGCUGACCCCGAACAGCCAUUCCUACAUUACUGGCUUCCUCCAGCUCUGCAAGUCCCGGGGGGUGACGCCUAGCCUGGACCUCUUCUUCCAGAGCUUCAAUCUGUGCCGGGGGGGGCAUGCGAAUGCCGAGGGCUUCGCAAACUUGCAGCAGGUGGCAAUGUUCAAGCUCUUCACUGAGGCGCCCUCCUCGAACGAGGGGUGGAAGGACCGGUGGUGCUACGUGAAGCUGACCGAGAGCCCCUUCCCGAGGGAGUUGCGUGACCGUUUCAGGAGGCACGAGAAGAGGAGGAGCGCCGCCCUCGAGAAAGACGGCAGGAUUCUGGCCAUGAUCCCGGAGGGCCGGGACAAGAAUAUCACCAUUAAGGAGUGCACCAAAGAGGGAGAUCUCUACACCCUCGGGUUCCGGAGGUAUCGCUUCCUGGGGGAAACAGAUGAGAAGUUCCCGGUGUUUGAGGGAGCCUCCGGAGGUAGUGGCUGAGGGCACUCUCACCUUCAUAUCUUAACACAUAGUUCAUUUGCUUGUUUGUUUCUCUUUAUGCCAUCUGUUAGUGACCCCUCGAUUUUAACCCCACAUUGUUUUUGCAGGUGUCAAUAUGGAUCUCAAUGCCUUCGCCAACCUCAAAAAGCAGAAGGUGAAGGUCCCGGGCCAGAAGGAGCCCGUAAAGCAGAAGCCCCUCGGGGAGAUGAAGAAGGGCGGUGAGCCCUCGGGGGAGGCCGCAAAACGGAAGGCCGCCGGCAAGGCCCCAAUCCCCGAGGGGAAGAAGCAGAAAAAGGGGGACGCCGGGAAGAAGGCUCCCCUGGUGGUGGUGGUGGACGAGCAUUCCGCCUCCGAGCCCAGUGCUCCGACUGCUCCUUGCCCGCCCUCGGGUAAAGGUGGCGAGGUAAGCUUGCCUCGGGAGGAUAUACAGUUCUCCCUGCCGAAGGGGUCUGCCAUUACGCAUGGCACAGUGGACCCCCGGGAAUUUCUGGGCGGGGCUACACCCGCUCUGGACAGGCGGGCUCUCGGGAAGCUGGAUGAUGAAGCCCUCGAGUCCAAAAUCCUCCGGUCCUCUCUUACCGCUUGCAUAGCCCUCGGCGAACACGCCAGGAGGUUCGACGAGUGGCGCCUCCAGAGGGCGCAACAGGAGUCCCUCAAGAAGCUUAUUCAUGAUAAUGUCGAGGCCGUGAGGCAGAUGGCUCAACUGGAGAGGGACCUCCAGCCGGCGAGGGCGGAAGCAGAGAGAGCGGCCAGAGAGAGUGGAGAUGGAGAAGGCGGCUGCCGAGGCUGCGAAGAAGGCCCUUGAAGACGCCGAGGCCGCCAAAGCAGAGGCCGCCGCUGCUGCAGUUGCUGCCUUCAUGACCGAGGGCUGGAAGGCCGAAGGCCAUAAAGACUAGGUGGCCUCGGUCAUGGAGAGUUCUGCCGAGGGGUGGGUGAAGGGACCCGGGGCGAUGUGGCUAGCCCGAAAGGGUGAAGAUUACUACGCCGGGGGGAGUUCUUCACCCAGGCCCUAAUCUACAAGAGGCUCGCCCGGCACCUGAAGAUAGAGCCAACGGCCUUCGACCCGUCGGCAUACGGUCUCCCCCCCCCCUCCAGCCUGAUAUCAGAGUCCCCCUUCCCGAGGGCGUCGAGAGGCCGGAACUGGAAGAUUCAGAACUCCUGAAGGAGGCCGGGGGCGAUGAAGCAGAGGCUGAUGCGGAGGUCAUCUCGAAGCCUGCGGAAGAGGCUGCCCCCGGUGUUGACAAUAUGUGAUAUGUAAUUGUAGUGUUUUGAAUUCCUUUGUUUUUUGUUUGUAAUGAAUAUUCGUGUACUCUCGGCCUCGGCCAUAUUGUAACAUCUAUAUUUUGGCUCCUCCCUGAAUGCAUGAAUGUUUGCCUUCGGGCUUUUUGUAUAGUUCGUUUC